CGGUUUUUCUGGACAAAAGACCUUACAUCUCAGUAGCUAAUUACCAAAACCACAUAGUAUGUAAUAUCAAUCUUCUUCUUUUGAAUUGAUUUAUCCAAAUAUGCAAUAAAAUUCGAGGCAUUCCAUUUAAAAAAUCACAAGUUUGAUAUGUAGGUCAAAAUUGGGACACCCUGUAUAAUUGACAAUAUUUUGGAAAUGUGCCCUCAAAUGUCAUGUAUAACAUGCCAUAAAUAGAUUUUCCCAAAAUGUAUUUGUUUAUAAGUAAUAUUCAGUCCACACUUGGAUGGCCCACCCUGUAGACUAUAUUGUGGUGUAUGUCUUCACACAUCAAAGGCAAUGAGAUUUUGAUGUGUCACUCAUACAUUAUUUAUCUCGUUUCACAGAGCAGAGAUUGGAGAUCGUCAGUGUCCGAAAAGCAGCCAACACGAGUGCGAACGGCGUCUCUGAUAUAAGUUUGUCAUCAGUUAGUGGUCGGCAAAUCCAGGUUGAGCCGCGAGAUGCGCAGAAAACAGAGUGAGACGGUGGAUGUCUGAGACAAACGAUAAUACCCGACGGAUAUAGAAGUACUGUCGACGCGGCAAGUUCAGCUACAGCCUGCCAAUUUCUGUCAUUUAAUUUAAUUUCAUGAAAGGCUACCUAUUUUACAAUUACAAUUCGCCCUUCGUAGACAACCCUUUGACUUCGCUUACCAACUACACUGAGAGACAUUUUAAAAGACGUCCGAAUUUGGCAUUUCACUAGAACUUUACGGAAAAAAUGUUUGGAUGCAAUUCUUUCAUUAAGG